GUGCUGUUUGUGAUAAUAAGAUAAUUAGAUGGUUUGUUAAUUUUGUGAAAACUAUAAUACCAUUAAUACUAGUUAAGUUAGUACGUAACUGGCUGCAAAUGCAAUAAUAAUAUAAUAGUGACCCUCCUUGCUGGCUUCCCAUCAUCCCAUUCCCACCACUCCCACCACUAAAAACUAAACACUAAACACCUCUUCUUCUCUUUAUCUUCCACCUUCCACCACACAAAAUAUAUUCGUCCGGAUCUUUCUCUCCCUAGGCCCUCUCCCUUUCUCUCUCUCUCUCUCUCUCUCUCGUCUUUCGACUGUCUCUGGCUCUAUCCCUUAUCAUCACAACUAUCACCACCUUGCCCUGGCCAUGGAAAAUUUCAUCAUCACAAAUCAAGGUCGUUUAACAACAAGAUUAACAGUAGCCCUCUGCCUCAUCAUCCAACUGAUCAUUUGCGAUCAAGGUCGGUCUUAUAACAGUAGUAGGGUUGAUGGAGGAGGAGGAGGAGAAGGAUUAAUACCAGUGGAAGUGGCGGAAUAUCGGGUGCUAACGGAAUUGGUGGAAGGAAAGAGUGGAGAGGAGGGAAGGAGUAGGAGGAGACAACUGGCACCAUUCCAGCUAUGCUUAUUAUGCAAGUGCUGCACGGCGUCGGCGGGUGGGGGGGAUCCCAGCACCUGUCUCAGCAUGCCUUGUUGUUUUGGAAUCGAUUGCCAGCUCCCAGACAAACCAUAUGGGGUAUGUGCUUUUGUACCCAAGACAUGCAAUUGUACCUCUUGUGCUACAUCAUGACCCACCGUCACCCUUCAUUCCUCAUCUCUGACUCUCAGCUGUUCCCCCUCGUCCCCCCUUCAUUUCUUCCCCACCCAUUCACCAAAUGCAAACCUCAUCCUUUCCUCACAACCCCCAUUUAUUUGCACCACUACUUAAUUUUGCCUCAAGCUAAGAUCGAUCGAUAUGCCAUGAGCCCAUGAGCCCAUCGCCAUGAGUUGAAAGAUGAAUGAUGCGUCUUUUGAUUUGUUAUAUAUUUGUAUGCUAGGCAGCUAUACUGUAUUUGAGUAAAAUGAGAUUUGAUUGGAAGAUCCUUGGUUCUGCUCUACAUCUGCUUGCUGUAUAAUAGUGGUCUACUACACAUAGCUUAUUGGAUUCCCCGCUGUCUUACA